AUGAGAAAUCUGAGUUCGAUUCAAGAAAGUACAUAGUUCCCUGAAGUUCCCUUUCAGUUAGUUUCUUCGGAGGAUGACUAGCGCUUUGCGCUCCGCCCACCUACCUCCACCUGGGGCCACCCACUACACACCUAGGGAGGCUGGCGUUCUGCCCAGUCUCCAACACUCAGGCUGAGCCUGGGUAGGAGGAGGAGACCUCUGUUGGGCUGGGCCCUGAAGGCUGGAGUGGACGAGACAUGGUUAGAGUCUAGGCCCCGCUCCCGGGCCACACAGUGCAUUCUAAGCAGAAGGGACCCAUUUCCACCCCGAAUGGUUUAUAAGGGAUACCAGAAGGCGGAGCCCUUUGUGGGGAAGCGCUGUCUUGCGGCUCAUCACAAUUAGCAAUGCUCGCCAUGGGCCCCGGCCCCCGCCGCUCCGCCUGCGUCCCACGCCGGAUGCUCUGUGCGCUCGCCUUGAUGGUGGCAGCCGGCGGCCGCGUCGCCUCCGCCUUCAACCUGGACACCCGAUUCCUGGUGGUGAAGGAGGCCAAGAACCCGGGCAGCCUCUUCGGCUACUCGGUCGCCCUCCACCGGCAGACGGAGCGGCAGCAGCGUUACCUGCUCCUGGCUGGUGCUCCCCAGGACCUCGCCCUGCCUGAUGGCUACACCAACCGGACCGGUGCCGUGUACCUGUGCCCACUCACUGCCGACAAGGACGACUGUGAGCGGAUGGACAUCUCAGAGAAAAGUGACCCUGACCAUCACAUUAUUGAGGACAUGUGGCUUGGGGUGACAGUGGCCAGCCAGGGCCCUGCAGGCAGAGUCUUGGUCUGCGCCCACCGCUACACCCAGGUGCUGUGGUCAGGGUCGGAGGACCAGCGGCGCAUGGUGGGCAAGUGCUACGUGCGGGGCAACGACCUCGAGCUGGACCCCACGGACGACUGGCAGACGUACCACAACGAGAUGUGCAACAGCAACACAGACUACCUGGCCACAGGCAUGUGCCAGCUGGGAACCAGCGGCGGCUUCACCCACAACACCGUGUACUUUGGUGCUCCGGGGGCCUACAACUGGCAAGGAAAUAGCUACAUGAUUCAGCGGAAGGACUGGGAUUUAUCCGAAUAUAGCUAUAAGGACCCAGAGGACCAAGGAAACCUCUAUAUUGGGUACACAGUGCAGGUGGGCAGCGCCAUCCUGCACCCCAAGGACAUCACCAUCGUGACAGGUGCCCCCCGGUACCGACACAUGGGUGCUGUCUUCUUGCUGAGUCAGGAGGCAGGCGGAGACCUGCGGAGGAGGCAGGUGCUGGAGGGCACGCAGGUGGGCGCCUACUUUGGCAGCGUCAUUGCCCUGGCGGACCUGAACAAUGACGGGUGGCAGGACCUCCUGGUGGGCGCCCCGUACUACUUUGAGCGGAAAGAAGAGGUAGGGGGUGCCCUGUAUGUCUUCAUGAACCAGGCAGGCACCUCCUUCCCUGCCCACCCCUCCCUCCUUCUCCACGGCCCCAGUCGCUCCGCCUUUGGCUUCUCCGUGGCCAGCAUUGGUGACAUCAACCAGGAUGGAUUCCAGGACAUUGCCGUAGGAGCUCCAUUUGAGGGCUUGGGCAAAGUGUAUAUCUACCACAGCAGCUCCAGCGGGCUCCUGGGACGGCCACAGCAGGUAAUCCAGGGGGAGGAGCUGGGACUGCCCGGCUUGGCCACCUUUGGCUACUCACUGAGUGGACAGAUGGAUGUGGAUGGGAACUCCUACCCAGACCUGCUGGUAGGGAGCCUGUCUGACCGCAUCGUGCUGUUGCGGGCACGGCCUGUCAUCAACAUCCUCCAUAAGACCUUGGUGGCCCGGCCAUCCGUGCUGGACCCUGCGUUCUGCACAGCCACCUCCUGCGUGCAGGUGGAACUGUGCUUUGCUUACAACCAGAGUGCCGGGAACCCCAACUAUAGGAGAAACAUCACCCUGGCCUACACGCUGGAGGCCGACCGGGACCGCCGACCUCCUCGGCUUCGCUUUGCCCGCAGCCAGUCAGCCGUCUUCCACGGCUUCUUCUCCAUGCCCCACACACGCUGCCAGAAGCUGGAACUGCUCCUCAUGGACAACGUCCGCGACAAACUCCGUCCCAUCAUCAUCUCUAUGAACUACUCUUUACCUUUGAGGAUUCCUGAGCACCCCCGACUGGGGCUGCGGUCCCUAGACCCCUACCCUGUCCUGAAUCAAGCGCAGGUUCUGGAGAACCACACCGAGGUCCAGUUCCAGAAAGAGUGCGGCCAGGACAACAAAUGCGACAGCAACUUGGAGAUGCAGGCGGCCUUCGUGUCCGAGCUGGGGCAGCCGCUGAGCAGGCUGCAAUACAGCAGAGAUGGCCGGAAACUGCUCCUGAGCAUCAAUGUGACCAACACCCCCAGCAGGGAGCGCGCUGGGGAAGAUGCCCACGAGGCACUGCUCACCCUGGCAGUGCCUCCUGCCCUGCUGCUGUCUUCAGUGCGCCCCGCUGGGACAUGCCAGGCCAACGAGACCAUUGUCUGUGAGCUGGGGAACCCCUUCAAACGGAACCAGAGGAUGGAGCUGCUCAUCGCCUUCGAGGUCACUGGAGUGACCCUGCACACAAGGGAGCUCCAGGCCCAGCUGCAGCUCUCCACGUCAAGUCACCAGGACAACCUGUGGCCAGUGACCCUGACUCUGCUGGUAGACUACACGCUCCGGGCCUCACUCAGCAUAGUGAAUCACCGACUACAAAGCUUCUUUGGAGGGACGGUGAUGGGUGAGUCUGGCAUGAAAACUGUGGAGGACGUGGGAAGCCCCCUCAAAUAUGAGUUCCAGGUGAGCCCAAUGGGGGAAGGGCUGACAGCCCUGGGGAGCCUGGUCCUAGGGCUUGAGUGGCCCUAUGAAGUCAUCAAUGGCAAGUGGCUGCUGUACCCCACAGAGAUCACCAUCCACGGCAAUGGGUCCUGGCCCUGCCGGCCUCCUGGAGACCUCGUCAACCCUCUGAAUCUCACUCUCUCUGUCCCUGGUGACAGGCCACCAUCCCCACAGCGCAGGCGGAGACAGCUGGACCCAGGGGGAGGCCCGGCCCCCCCUCCAGUCACUCUGGCUGCUGCCAAGAAAGCCAAGUCUGAGACUAAGCUGAAGUGCGGCGGUGACCAGGCCCGCUGCGUGUGGCUGGAGUGCCCCAUUCCUGACAGCCCUGCCAUCACCAAUGUGACGGUGCAGGCCCGAGUGUGGAACAGCACCUUCAUUGAGGAUUACAGAGACUUUGACAGAGUCAGUGUAUCGGGCUGGGCUACCCUGUUCCUCCGAACCAGCAUCCCCACCAUCAACAUGGAGAACAAGACUGUGUGGUUCUCCGUGGACAUUGACUCUGACCUGGUGGAGGAGCUGCCAGCGGAGAUCGAGCUGUGGCUGGUGCUUGUGGCCGUGGGUGCUGGGCUGCUGCUCCUGGGGUUGAUCAUUCUUCUGCUGUGGAAGUGCGGCUUCUUCAAGCGAGCCCGCACUCGCGCCCUGUAUGAAGCUAAGAGGCAGAAGGCGGAGAUGAAGAGCCAGCCGUCAGAGACAGAGAGGCUGACGGACGACUACUGAGGGGGGCAGCCCCCUGCCCCCAGCCCACCCGGUGUGACUUCUUUAAGCGGACCCGCUAUUACCGGAUCAUGCCCAAGUACCACGCAGUGCGGAUCCGGGAGGAGGAGCGCUACCCACCUCCAGGGAGCACCGUGCCUACCAAGAAGCACUGGGUGACCAGCUGGCAGACUCGGGACCGAUACUACUGAUGUCCUCCCCGAUCCCACCCCUGCUCCCCCAGCGCCCCUUCUAUUUAU